UUAAGUGACAUUUAUACAUCAAAAUGAGUUUGUUUUUACUGGUUUUCCUUGCUCUUCUAUAUUGUCCUUUUUCGGUACUUAGUGACAGUGAACGGAAAGUUUAUGUGAACGCACAGAUUGAUAAGAUGCUCAUAGACUUGCGAAAAUCUAUAGUUGAUGACGAUAAAGACAUUUUACCAGUGGGUAAUAUUGAGGAAAGAUUUGAAAAGAAAUUCUCUAAAUGGUUUACAGCUAAGGGAAGUUUCAAAGCUACCGGAGGGAGUGUCAGAUAUCUUUCAUCGGUGCAGAGGACGGGAGAUGCUACUCUCUCUUCGACACCAACAAGCGCCACCUUCACACUCCACUUGGGGCUUGAGCACAUGGAAGUCCACUACAAACACUACACAGCAUCCUUCCUGAGUGCGAGAGUGUCAGGAAACAUGCGACUAACUGUCCGGAGAUUCUCCGUGCUGCUCGUUAUGACUCUACAACUGAAUGAUGACAACUGCGAGGCUAUCCUGGACACAUCAAAGGUUGAAUAUCUGGACGGUCUAGAGGUAGACAUAUCCGGACUUGGUAUUUUGGACUGGGCUUUAGAGAAAAUAUCAGAACUGGUAAUAAAAAGAUUUAAGAGCGAUAUUCAGCGUCGUUUAGACAGAGAGAUUACUAAAAAACUUAAGAAAGAAAUGUCUAAACAGUAUAUGUGUGAUAUUGCAAACUAUUUUUAAUACACAUUGCCAGUAAAUAAAGUUCUCGAUUUAAUAACCACAGGUAACGAUGACUAUAACCGGUUAAUUAUUCGGUUAAUUUUCUAGUUUAUGUUUCUCAUUUAUAUUAGAUCCUGGCUAACAUUUGCUAUUUAUUUCGUAUGCCUAAUCUUAAUAAUCUGAUCCAAAUUUAUAAGCA